UGAGCGGCAGCUGGGAGGGCCCGGCUGAGCGGCGCCGGCCAUAUUGGAAGGGAGCGAAGCCCGCCGGUUUUGUGUUUCAUUCUGAGCCCGACCCGAGAGGAAGGCAGCGGCGCGCGCGCGGGCGGGAUCUGUCCUUGCAGCUCCAGGCGCCGGUUUUUUCCCUCGGCGCCUUGCUCGGGCGGCUUCUGCUCCCCUGUUCCCGCUCUGCGCUCGUUUAACCCGGGAGCGGCCGGGGCCCUUUUAUUUUCCCUCCUUUUUUCCCUUGUUCCAGCCUCUCUGCGCCCCCCCCCCCGCCGCCUUUGCACUGUCCGCUGCUAGCGCUGCAGCUGCUUCUUACCCCUCUGAACGGCUCUGGGGCGCUUAGAUCAGCCCCCGCAUCUCCUCUCGCGCCCCCUCGCACCGUCUCCCGCCCCCCCGCCAGGCUCCGGCCUCGCAGCUCCGCAACCUCGGCCCCCGCCGCAUCGCCCGCUCUUCGCCAUGGCGGCUUCCACGCCGGUGGGGCAGCGCUCCCGGGGCAGCGCGGCCAGCACCCCGCUCAGCCCGACACGCAUCUCCCGGCUGCAGGAGAAGGAGGAGCUGCAGCACCUCAAUGACCGGCUCGCCGUCUACAUCGACAAGGUGCGGAGCCUGGAGACCGAGAACAGCGUGCUGCAGCUGCAGGUGACCGAGCGAGAGGAGGUGCGCGGCCGAGAGCUCACCGGCCUCAAGGGGCUCUACGAGGCCGAGCUCGCCGAUGCUCGCCGGGCGCUGGACGAUACGGCUCGGGAGCGGGCAAAGCUGCAGAUCGAGCUGGGCAAGAUCCGCACGGAGCACGAGCAUCUGCUGGGCAGCUAUGCAAAAAAAGAAACUGAUCAUAAUGCAGCCCAAGUCAAGCUUCGGGAGUUUGAAGCAGCCCUAAAUUCCAAAGAAGCUGCCCUGGCUACAGCACUUGGUGAUAAGAAAAGUCUGGAAGGGGAGCUUGAGGAUUUGAGAGAUCAGAUUGCACAGUUGGAAGCCUCCUUAGCUGCUGCCAAGAAACAGCUGGUAGAUGAAACUUUAAUGAAGGUGGAUCUCGAAAAUCGUUGUCAGAGCCUGACUGAAGACUUGGAGUUCCGUAAAAAUAUGUAUGAAGAGGAAAUCAACGAGACAAGAAGGAAACAUGAAACUCGCCUGGUUGAGGUGGAUUCUGGGCGCCAAAUUGAGUAUGAACACAAACUGGCUCAAGCACUUCAUGAAAUGAGAGAGCAGCAUGAUGCACAAGUGAAACUGUAUAAAGAAGAGUUGGAACAGACUUAUCAUGCCAAACUUGAGAACGCCAGACUCUCCUCGGAGAUGAGUAGUUCUGCAGCGAACACAAUAAGAGAAGAACUGACAGAAAGUCGCAUGCGGAUUGAAAGUCUCUCCUCCCAGCUUUCAAGCCUACAAAAAGAGUCUAGGGCAUGGAUGGAUAAGAUGCAGGAGCUGGAGGACACACUGGCUAAUGAAAGGGACAACUAUCGUAGGAUGCUGUCUGACAAAGAAAGAGAAAUGGCUGAGAUAAGAGAUCAGAUGCAGCAACAGCUGAAUGACUAUGAACAACUUCUGGAUGUGAAAUUGGCUCUGGAUAUGGAAAUCAAUGCAUAUAGGAAACUGCUGGAGGGUGAAGAAGAGAGGUUGAAGCUAUCUCCCAGCCCAUCUUCUCGGGUGACAGUCUCUCGGGCAUCAUCAAGUCGUAGCAUGCGCACAACCAGAGGAAAGAGGAAGAGAAUUGAUGUGGAAGAAUCUGAAGCCAGCAGUAGUGUCAGCAUCUCCCAUUCAGCUUCUGCUACUGGAAAUAUUUGUAUUGAGGAGAUAGACGUGGAUGGGAAAUUCAUCCGCUUGAAGAACACUUCUGAGCAGGAUCAACCAAUGGGAGGCUGGGAGAUGAUCAGAAAAAUAGGAGACAUUUCUGUCAGUUACAAAUAUACCUCAAGAUAUGUACUAAAGGCAGGCCAGAUUGUUACAGUCUGGGCUGCAAAUGCUGGAGUUACUGCCAGCCCUCCCUCUGACCUCAUCUGGAAGAACCAGAACUCUUGGGGCACUGGCAAGGAUGUGAAAGUUAUAUUGAAAAACUCUCAGGGAGAGGAGGUUGCUCAGAGAACUACUGUCUUCAAAACAACUUUACGUGAAGGCGAAGAGGAGGAGGAAGCUGAGGAAGAAGCAGUUGAAGCAAUUGAAGAGGAGGAUCUUUUUCACCAGCAGGGAGACCCAAGGGCAGCCAACAGAAGCUGUGCAAUCAUGUGAAUUUCUUCAGUCAACCAUCUUCCUCAGAUUAUGGUAAACCUGGCCUAUAGUGCAGAGCCUUCUCAGAAGCACAAUAUUUUUGUAUUUCUUUUAUGUGAGUUUUUAAGCUGCAAGUCUGAUGGCCUUAAUUUCCUUUGUUACCGAAAAGAAAGUUUUGUAAAAGAAACCAUAUCUGUAACUCUUGCAAGAUGUGAAUUGUUGACACUGAACUAUGUACUGUCUGAAAAUGACCCCUCAAUUUUUUUAUGCCAGUCUUUUUUUAUUCUUGUUAAAAGGGAAAUAUGCCACUGUGUCUUUUGUUUUUUAGACUACAUCACUUAGACUAGCCAUCUGCUGUCAACCCCUUUAUAUUUAGGUGCUGUUGGGGAGUGGAAGGCAUUUCCAAGAUAAUGAAUUAUUUUGUAUUGAAGACUGUUUUUGUACUACACAAUCAAGGUUACAAAACUUUUUUUAUAGAAAAGACAAGCUUUUCUUUUUUUAAAAGAAACAAAGCCUAAUCACGUAAGCACUCAUAAGAGGAUGAAGGAAGCAGAAAUACUUGUUUUAUUGGUACCUUUUUCUUUACUUAGUUUCUUAACCAAGGGUGGGAUGGGGAUGUUUCAUGUUAAACAUGCUAGUUGUGUUUUUAAAGAUAGUGUAACUUGCUUAAAUUUUCUUAUGUAAUAUUAACAAAUAAAAAGCUGUUUUAAUA